GAGCAGCAGAAAGUGGGGAUGCCCAGAGGUAUUUGCAGCUGCUGCUGAUCCCAGCUGCAGCUCAGCCCUGUGCAGAGUCCCAGCAGGAAGCUGAGCCCAGCCCGGGGAGCUCACACAGUGUCAGGGAGAUUCUUUCUCUGAAUUCACUCAGCCUUGCAUUCCCCAGCUACGCCUGGUACCACCUCCUGUUUUCUUGGCUUAGAACAGGAGCAAUGCAAACCUUACCAAUGGCACAACUGCCCAGUCCACAGGAAAAAGGACAGAGAAAUGGUAAAGUUCUCCAGACAUUUGUCCUGCUUUGCUGGAAAAGUCGUGCUGCACUCACAGGAUGGAAAUCCAAGAGAAGCUGGAGUUGCUGGCACAUCUUGUAACAGAAGCUGGACCUCGUUCUCCAUGAAAGGUUCUUGGAAAGAGCAGCUGGGACUGUGGAGAAGAUUGCUGGAAAACUCAAACAGCUUUCCAGAAGUGAAAUGAAAAUGAAAGAAACAAACCAAGCUGUUUUCCUCUAUUUUUUUCUAUGCUUCCCUUUUCCAUGUUGCACUACUUGUCCAUGCCAUUAAUUCCAAAGAGAUGUCACCUCGAAGAUCGGUGACUUAGUGAGUUUUAGACACUCUAAAAUACCAUGGGCUGUACACACAGUUUGCCUUCCCCUGUUUUUGUUGUCAAGCAAUGCCAGAGACAUAAAUGUAGUGCUUGGGUCGGGCACGAAUCCUGCAGGCAGGGAAUGUGCCCCGGCAGUGUGUGAGCCUGAGCAGGGACAAUGCAGAGCAGCAAGCGAGGGGAUUCCUCUGGCACAGCGCAGGAGUCAGGACUCUGGGUCUGGGCUGCACAGGGCCAAGUUCCCGUGUUUGGACAGGCUCAGGGGCUGCCCCCGGGGCGCGCGGGGCUCGGCCGUGGAACGGACACGCGGACAAACGGCCCCGGGGCUUCGGCGGCAGCGGCGGCAGCGGCGGCAGCGGCGGCAGCAGCAGCAGCGGCGGCAGCGACUUUGCGGAGUCUCCGAACUCUGCGACCCUCCUCACCUCCUGUUCCCCCUCUCCCUCUCCCACUGUCCUGCACUGUCUCUCCGUGUCCCGCAGUCUCUCCUGGUGUCCCUUUCCCGGUCUCCCCAGCCCCUCUCGGUGUCCCCGUCCCGGCCUUUCCCUCUCCCCCUGCCGGGCCGGGCCAUGCCCCCGGCCCGCCCCCGGCCCCGGGCGGGGCUGCCCCGUCCCCGGGCGUCCCUCCGCGGUCUCGCCUGGGCCCGGCUCUGGCCGUGCUGGCGGUGGCGCUGCUGGGCCGGGAUCAGUGCCUGGGGCUGGGGCGGCAUCGCCACCCUUUGGCUGCGCCUGGGCCGGGCACGGCCUCGGCCCCGGUGCCGACCCCGAGCCCGGCGCCGCCUCCUCCCGGGCCCCGCGGAGGACACACGCGGCGCGGCCGCUCCCGCCGCCUCCGCUGCGGCUUCCCCGGCCCGAGCUCCGCCGCUCGGCAGCGCAGCCGCCGGCCCCGAACCGCCGGGGCCCGGCGCGGGUGGGGAUGCCCGGCCCGGGCCGCUCGGGGGGCGCUCGGGGGCCGUGUCUGGCCCCGGGCCGAGCGCUGACGGCCGCGUGUCGCCCGCAGGGAAGGCGCAGGAGGCCCUGCAGGACCGGUACCGGCUGGGUUCGCUGCUGGGGCGCGGAGGAUUCGGCAGCGUCUACUCGGGGACACGAGUGUCGGACGGCGCCCCGGUGGCCAUCAAAUGCGUGCCGCGGGAUCGCAUCCGGCUCUGGGGCGAGCUGCCCAACGGCGCCCGUGCGCCCCUGGAGAUCGUGCUGCUGGACAAGGUGUCCGCUGGCUGUGCUGGUGUCAUUCAGCUCCUGGAGUGGCUUGAGCCCCCCACCAGCUUCUUGUUGGUGCUGGAGCGUCCCGAGCGGUGCCAGGACCUGUCGGCUUUCCUGGCGGAGCGGAGGUUCCUGCCGGAGGAGGAGGCGCGGGCGCUGUUCCGCCAGGUGCUGGAGGCCGUGCGGCACUGCACCAGCUGCGGGGUCCUGCACAGGGACAUCAAGCCCGAGAACAUCCUGCUCGACCUGGCCACAGGAGAACUCAAAUUGAUCGACUUUGGCUGUGGCGCCUUCCUCCAAGACACAGCCUACACCCAGUUUGCAGGAACCCUGUCCUACAGCCCACCAGAGUGGAUCCACCAGCAGCGCUACCACGGCGAGGCAGCAACGAUCUGGUCCCUGGGCCUCGUGCUGUACCACCUGGUCGUGGGGAAGCACCCGUUCAGGAGGGGCCAGCAGAUCAUCUGGGGCCGCAUCUUGUUCCCACGAUGGCUCUCUCCAGAGUGCCAGGAUGUCAUUAAGAGGUGUUUGUCCAUGCAACCCUUGGACAGGCCAUCCUUAGAAGACCUCUUCAAUGAUCCUUGGCUGCAGGGCAUUCAUCUGCCCUAGAAGAUGGGAGAGGUCCAUGUGCACAAUUGGAUCCAAAA